UAGCGCUCUUCCGACGGUGUGAAUUUCCUGGUGUGUGUGUUGUGAGCUGAGAGUGAGCGGGGUCUCUUUCUGUGCAGGGCGGAGUGGUCAGGGGGUGAUCUGGUGACGGAGUGACAGAGAGACAGAGGAGCAGAAGGAUGCUGAGAGCUGGUCAGUGAGACGAUGAAGUCCAGUAGGGAUAUAGAGAGAAAGGCUGGUUACCUGCAGCCAGAGCACUGCGCCCCUCCCCCUCCUCACCCGCCCUCGUCAGGACAGAUGUGGUUCAUCCGGGAUGGCUGUGGGAUCGUGUGCGGCGUGAUCACCUGGUUCCUGGUGUUCUACGCGGAGUUUGUGGUUGUGUUUGUGAUGCUGCUGCCGGUGAGGAACGUGGCGUACAGCCUGGUGAACGGAGCGCUGUUCAACACACUCGCCUUCCUCGCCCUCGCGUCACACUUCAGGGCCAUGUGCACCGACCCGGGGGCAGUACCAAAGGGAAAUGCCACUAAGGAGUUCAUAGAGAGUCUGCAGCUGAAACCAGGCCAGGUGGUCUACAAGUGCCCCAAAUGCUGCAGCAUCAAACCAGAACGAGCACACCACUGCAGUGUCUGUAAGCGCUGCAUCAGGAAGAUGGACCACCACUGCCCGUGGGUGAACAACUGCGUGGGUGAAAACAACCAGAAAUACUUUGUGCUCUUCACGAUGUACAUUGCCCUGAUAUCACUCCACGCUCUCCUCAUGGUGGCGUUCCAUUUCAUCUUCUGCUUCGAGGAGGACUGGACAAAGUGCAGCUCCUUCUCUCCUCCAGCGACCGUCAUCCUCCUCAUCCUCCUCUGCUUCGAGGGCCUCCUCUUCCUCAUCUUCACCGCCGUGAUGUUCGGGACGCAGGUCCACUCCAUCUGCACUGAUGAGACCGGAAUAGAGCAGCUGAAGAAGGAGGAGAGAAGAUGGGCCAAGAAGUCCAAGUGGAUGAACAUGAAGGUGGUUUUUGGUCACCCGUUCUCGAUAGCGUGGCUCAGUCCGUUCGCCACUCCUGACCACGGCAAAGCGGAGAUGUAUCAAUACGUGGUCUGACGCGGGAAUCCUCCUUCCCUAUUGGACGCAGACUGAUGAUGCGUACAGGAAACACACUGUCGGUCACUGAGACAGACUCUACCACUCCACUCACUGUUUUCUACUGUUCUUUCUGCCAGACUCUGUGGGUUUCCAGGCUGUGUGGGACACCGAGGCUGACGUAAUGUUUGCUUUAAAAGUCCUUUAUUUUUGCUGAUUUUAGUUUCGGUGGCUGUGCCUGUUGCUGUUUACGUUGUUGUUGUUUUUCGUUCUUCUUUCUGUUCACACCAAAGCCCUGAGUGCAGCCUUGUUUUUGCUUCUUGCUGUUUGCUUGAAACAGCCGGAGAGCAGCGUUAUGACGCAAAGAACGCUGGGACACGUUUUAGGCUUUUUGUAGCUGUACCAGAGAAAGGUGACCAUCCGGUGACUCGUUUUGGUCGGUUGCCAUUAGCCUGACCGUGAGUAUAAGAAAACGUUCCCCUUUAUUCCUGACUGUUCUAGUUGGCACAGUUUUCCAUUGUUUUUUAGAAGAGCUUGUAGGAGCUUUGAGAUGUUUAAGUAAUAUAAAUCUACUGAGCUCAGUUCUAAAACUAAUGACUUCUCUGAAAACUGUGGAGGCCCCUUCCCACCAGAUAGAGAAAAAAAACGCAUAUGGUUUAUUCCUUUCGUCAAAAUGUCGACUUACAAUCUUGAAAUAACUACUUAAAUUCCUGAAAUGUUGAUGCCUUCCUUAUUUUCUCAUAAAGCUUAUUUAGUAUGUAUUUUAAUAAAUCAAGACUUUAUUAUACCAAAAUAAUUACUUACUUUCUCAAACUGUUGACUUUGUAUCUUAAAUAAUGACAUACUAUGUUGAAACAAAGGCUAAUGCUUUCAUAAUUUUGACUUAUCUCGCAAUAAUGGCUCAUCAACCCAGAAAUAAUUACAUACUUUUCUAAAAUUUAAAGUUUCUAUUUCGGCAUGGUAAGUCAUUAUUUCAAGUUGCUAAGCCAACAAUCUCAAGAAAAUUCAUUGUUUCAAAAUUCGAAGUCAAAUUUCCAAGAAAAUAAGUGAUUAGUUCAAGAUUCUAUCUCAACAUUUUGAGAUAUUAGUCUUUAUUUCCAGAUACAUUUAGAGAGUAAAUAAGUCGUAAAUUCCAGAUAAUAACUCAACAUUUUGAGAAAAUAAGUCUUUAUUUCCAGACACUAGAUCAACAUUUUGAGUAAAGAAGUCUUUAUUUCCAGACAUUAAGUCAAAGUUUGAGAAAAUUAGUCUUUAUUUCCAGAUACUAAGUCAAAUAAUAAGUCAUUAUUCUGACACUGUAAUGCAUUAUUUUGAGAUGCUAUGUCAAUAUUUCAAGAAAAGUCAUUAUUUUGAGAUACUAAGUCAAAAUUCUGGGGAAAAUUUUUUUUCCUCCUCUACCUGGCAGGAAUGUAUUUCCAUACGAUAUAGCCUAAAAUGGCGGCAGUUCACUUAAAGGGAAAAAAGCAUUUUUAGGUAAGAAUGUGAACAUAUGUUUGAAUGUUUGGGGAACAUAAUCUGUAAGACUUGAAGAGUUUAACGUAAUAAUAACCGUAAAGGAAACACUGAAGCUGAUGUAGAACAGCAGAGCUUUGCUGUCUUGACGGUUACGUUUAAAAACGAAUGUGAAUCAAGAGGAAGAAUCAGUUGGUAUUAUAUGCAGUUUAUUUAUUAUGAUGAACUACAGAUGUGUUUCAUUUUUAUAGUAAUCGGAUCACGUGGGGUUCAUUCGGCAGUUUAACGGUGAACUUCAGGUGGCGUAGCUGCUCCUCUCACGUGGAACCGAAAGAGAUCACAAUGAUUCUGCUAGUGUUCUACUCAUUUCUCCAUGCACUCCAUGUAACAGGGAACGGUUCAGUAUUGAACAUGGUUCUCUAUGAUAUGUGGUUAUAUGGGUUCGCCUUAAGCUAGAUCAGAGAGAGCUUGGCUUUGGUGGCUGAACAGAAGAUGUUUCAAUGUGUUAAAACUUGUUUUGCCAAAUUUUGUUCUUUCCUGAAGAGAGGACUGUUGAAUAGCCCCCAGAAACGCCUGAGGACACCAGCAGAAAUGAGCUGCACCAUAUGGCUGGAACAGGGAUGAGAUUAGUCAAGCUUUGACAUGCAGUUUGCCUUUCUUUCUUUCUUUAUUUUUGUCUUUCUUUCCUGCUUCUUUGCUUUUUUAUCUUCAAAUAACACCAGUUUGUAUUUUAAUUAGCGUUUCUUGCUUUUUUUGUGUCUUCAAAAUAACACCAAUUUGUGUUUUUGACAAGGGUUGUCACCCAGCAUGGACUUCAACCUGGACUACGUAUGAACUUGCACAGUGUUUUCAACAGUUUUCCCUCAAAUGAUGGACAAAUAUGAUGAAAUAAAUGUGUGUUUGACUUGUGCACAUUUGCACACGCUGGAGACCAAGUCAACUACACCAACAACAAAGUACUCUGAUCCACGAUGGAUGCUUUUUAUUUUCUUCACUGUGAAAAAUAGUCUUUAUUUCCAGAUACUAAGUCUAAAUUUUAAGAAGAGAAGUUUUUAUUUCCAGAUGCUAAGUCAACGUUUUGAGAAAACAAGUCUUCAUUUCCUGAUACCAAGUCAAAGUUUUGAGAAAUUUCAUCUUUAUUUUCAGAUACUACAUAAAAAUCUGGAGAAAAUUAGUCUUUAUUUUCAGGUAGUAAGCCAAUAUUUGAAGUAAAUAAAUCUUUAUUUCCAGAUACAAAGUCAAAAGUUUGGGAAAAUAAGUCUUGACUCCAGUCCUUCAGUGUUCUGUUCUUUAAACACACCGGACUCAACUGUUCAAAGCCUUGGUGGGUUGAAUUCAGAGCAUAAUAUGAGGGAAAAGUCCAGUCUCUGCAGAGCUGUGACCUGGAAGGAACUCAGUCUGACAUGCCUGAAGCAACAACCAAACCUCCAGAGAUACAGUCACUGAGAAGAUAACAACUGAUACUGAACUGUAGCAAAGAAGGUGGAUCUUCAGGAGCAGGCUUGGUGACCGCUGUCCUAUACCAUCACUCUAAAUGACCCUUUAUUAUUUAAUAGAGAACUCCUGAACCUCAGAGGAACCUAAUUCUGCUGCGCCAAUCAGAAAAGGACAACCAAUGAACUCCCUUCAAGCACGAUCAGACUCUUUAUCUUAUCUUUCUGCAGUUUUCUGAAUCGUCCUGCAGUCUGGAACCAGCUGUGUGUUCUUUCUUUUGAUGAAUGGCUACCAAGCUUAAACCAUACACUCUGAAAAGGUUCCUGAACGGUUUUGUAGGAAAACUUAAAUAGUGAAGAUCUUGAAGGCUUCAAAAAAGGUCUUCAUACUCCACAUCUCAUUUACAAGAAUGGUUCUUUAAAGCAGUGGUUCUCCAACUGGUCCUCAGAACCCCCAGACAAUCCACACAUUUCUAUUUUUGCCAUCAGGGGGGUGCUCCGAGGACAAGUUUGAGAACCACUGCUUUUAUGAGACCACAAGUGGUUCAUCAUUUCAAAGAACUUUAUUUUUAAGAGUGAACCUCAGUGGAAGCUCCUUCUGGUACAUCAAUCAGAAACAGAGCUCCAUCAGGCUCUAUCAGAUGCUGUGCUGUUUAUCUGAAUCGUUCUUCAGUCUUGAACCAGCUGUGUGUUCUUUAUUUUCUGUUCUACACAGUCUUAGAAAUAAAGGGUGCUCAGUG